CACGUGCCCACUUUGGUACUCAGUUGAAUGUUAUAAAAGACAGUGUCUGCACGUCUGUCAAGAGUUAUUGCACCUUGUGAUGAUGAUGUCGAACGGAGGACUAUGGCUGUUUGCUUUCAGCUCCUUCUGGGGAUCUCUUCCCAUUUUCGUUGGAGGACUUGAUAAGAAUCCGGAUACCGAUUUAGCGACACCGGAUUUGGCAUCGAAGUAUGGAUAUCCCCUGGAGUCUCACAGAGUCGUUACCGAUGACGGUUACAUCCUGGAGAUGCACAGAAUUCCAUUCGGAAGAUCGGAGGAUCGACGAAAAGUUGGGAGAAAUCGUCCAGCAGUUCUUCUUCAACAUGGAUUAGGUGGGAGUUCGGCUGAUUGGGUCCUCACUGGCCCUGACAAGGCUCUUGCCUAUCUCUUGGCAGACGAGGGAUACGACGUCUGGUUGGGAAAUAAUCGUGGGAAUAUUUAUUCCCGUCAUCAUCGCACUAUUCCACCGAGUAACAGAACAUUCUGGGACUUCAGCUAUCACGAGCUUGGGAUUUACGAUCUACCGGCGAUGGUGGAUUACGUUCUGGAGAGACUUCAUAGAUCAAAAAUUCUGUUCAUUGGGCAUUCGCAAGGUACAACCCAGUUUUGGGUAAUGACCUCGGAGAGGCCGGAGUACAAUGACAAGAUCUCGUUGGCCGUUGGCCUUGCACCCGCAGCCUUCACCACCAAUCUGCGGGGCCCUGUUACAACACUUGCACAGCUGACAUACUUUGGAGUGUGGGUGGGUGAGAAAUUCGGCUACCCUGAGUUCGGCUCACGUUCACCCUGGGGAAAAUUUGUGUCGAACCUGAUCUGUCAUGGUGGUGCACCCACUCGAUUCCUCUGCAGCAACACCCUCUUCCUGGUGGCUGGUUUCAGCGAGGGUGAAUUGGACAUGGCGAAUCUAACAGUGAUCAUAGGACAUGUACCAGCUGGUGCAUCGUGGAAGCAGUUUGUACACUUCGGUCAGGGCUUUAUCAAUCCAGGUCACUUCAGGGCAUUUGAUUAUGGCGAUAACAAUCAAAAAAAUUUGAGGCUUUACAAUUCGAUGGUACCCCCUGAUUAUCAACUCGAACGAAUCACCGCUCCUGUGGCUCUCUUCAGCAGCGAUAACGACUGGUUGGCAACACCAGAGGAUGUGAGUCGCUUGAGAUCAAAACUUCGAAACGUAGUGAUGGAUUACAAAGCACCGAAUACAUUCAAUCACUACGACUUCCUCUGGGGUAAUUCGGCGCCCCAAUUGCUCUUCGAACCUGUCCUGCGAUUGCUGAGUCGAUAUCGAUGAUUGAUUCAUUUUAACCCACAUCGCAGAGUUCAAAUAAUUGUAUCUAGUCAGCACAUCGAAAUUCCAAAGCAUGUCCGCACAUUAUCAUUUUUUCCACGGAUUUAUUGUAAAAAUAAGAAAUAGAAGAAUUAUUCAUAGUGAACAAUAUUGAAAUCGUUGGAAAAAAUUGAAUUGAAGAGAUGACAUUUUUCCAUGGGAAAUCAGCGGUUCACAGUUUAAUAUCAACACUCAAGAUCAAAACAUCGAGUACAUUCUCGUGCUGAUACUGAUUAUGUGAUUUUUCGCCUCGCACUGUCUUAAUCAGUGAUAAAUGAUUAUUUUCGUCGUAAUGGAAUGUUAAGAACGUUGUUAACAAACUUAAGCCAAGUAGGAUAUCUCUGUGUCAUUGUCUGAUUUUUAAUCAUCGCUCAUCAGUGAGAAAAUUGGUGGCGAUAAUAAAAUCCUGCAAGACAAACAGCCACUUGUCGGCAAUUCUUGAGAUUUCAUAAAUGUUAACGAUGCGGAUGAUUAGAUAUCGAGUGCUUGUGUUAGAUCAGGAAUAAAAUAAGUGUUUCUACUUAUCCCCACAAAAUUCCGAUAUAAUUCUCGAUAGAUAUCCAAAGAUGGAUGAGUUACAUUCAUAGAAAUCAGAUAAGAUCCCUCAAUAAGCGAGAUAAUGAGAUUUGAAUAAUCCACUCGUCGUAUCGAUCACCCGAAAUACACAAGAA